AUAUCUAUCCUCAAUUAAGCCUCAAUCAUGUCCGACGUCUUUGGCACUCCCAUCACCACCCAAACCCUGCAAGACAUGCCCGAGUACUGGGGCAAGCCCAUCACGGCCGCCGACAGAGCCAAGGUGGCUCGCGACAGGGAAAGCGCUGACGGCAAGGCCGUCGCCGCUAAAAAGCACGUCGACGACCUUAAAUCCCAGUGGGGUACAGGAGUGUCCACCAAGUGCAUGGUCUACAACGCCACCGGCGACACCGUCACCUUGGUGGCCAGCCACGAUUACCACGGCCACAUCGGACCCUCCCCCUACCCUCUCCAGAUUGCCAACGGCCAAUGGGGUGCCUUUCUCCACGUCAAGUCCACCGGAUCCGCCACCGGCUCUUCCGCCUGCAUUGCGUAUCGCGGCAAGAACAACGCCGGCGAGGAGCACGAGUGGCUUGUAGGUUGGUCCAACCCCUGGAACCACGGCGCCGGACACAAAGUCACUGCAUAUACAGAAAUCAAUAAAGCGCCCUACUAUGAAGGUAACGUGUGGGGGGAGGUGUCUGGAAAGUUGUAUGGGUCGGGAGGGUCUUCCACCAGCACAUGGAAUGGAUGCUCCUCAAAUGCCACCAUUACCGACGAAACUACCGCCACUUUUCAAGCCAGUAUCACACUCCACGCCUAAUUAUAUAUUGAAUCUAUUUUAUGUAGUAGUGUGAGUAUUUGCUUUGUUAUAUAUGCAAUAUGUAUGUACUGCCGGAGGCAAGGGUAGGCUGCUAAUUAAAGCAUGCAUGCAGUACUCGUGCGUACAUGCUAUAUCUAUCUACCAUCUACUAAAAUAAUGCCUUCCACCCCGGCCCACCUCAAGCCUCCUCUCCCAAAUGAAAAAAAGCUUGUGAUCAUGUACCAGUAUAUUUCGAAUUGAGUCAAUAAUG